CACUGAUGUCAUUUCCGCCCCUCAGACCCCGGAUGAAGCUGCCAUUGGGGCAAGUGAGCAGGGCCACCGAGGCUGGUCGGAUUUUAAUUUAACGGUGAGGGGGGGUCGGACCGGAUUGAAGCCCCGCUGGAUUAAUGUCGACAGGACGGUGCGGAGUGCCAGCAGGGCCACGACAAGCAAACUGUCCGCUCCGAGCAGAGACACCGGCUAACGGCUGCUGCUAACUGUGUUUAACUGUUAGCAAAGUAACGCGGAGCAGCCUCUCCAGCUAUUAGCCUCACACACGGCGGACACACUGAACGUCUUGUCAGGGCUUAACACAACACCUGGUGGAUGAAUGAUGUCUGCCGCUAGUAUCGACCCUCAGACAUCGAAGGGACAAGAUGCAAGCAAAGCCUUUCCAGUUUCAGUGCAGAAUGGCUCCCUCCACCAGAAGGAUACAGUCCACGACAAUGACUUUGAGCCCUAUCUCACCGGCCAGUCCAAUCAGAAUAACAGCUAUCAGUCCAUGACAGACCCUUAUCUGUCCAGCUACUAUGCCCCCUCCAUUGGAUUUCCUUACCCUCUCAGUGAGGCUCCUUGGUCUACAGGAGGUGACCCACCGAUUCCCUACCUGACGCCCUAUGCCCCCCUCAGCAAUGGAGACCAUCACUUCAUGCAUGACACAGUGUUUGGGCAGCCGGGUGGGCUCAGCAGCAGCAUCUAUCCUCACAGGUUUAACUUUUUCCCUGAGAACCCGGCCUUCUCGGCCUGGGGCACCAGUGGUUCUCAGGGCCAGCAGACUCAGAGCUCAGCCUAUGGGGGCAGUUACAGCUACCCACCCAGCUCUCUAGGAGGCACCUUAGUCCCUGAUGGUCAGACAGGUUUCCAUAGUGACACCCUGAGCAAGGCUCCAGGUAUGAAUAGCCUAGAGCAAGGCAUGCUGGGCCUAAAAAUAGGUGGGGAUGUGACAGGAAGUGGCUCAGGUGUGAAGAGUGCAGGCUCUGUGAUCGGUGGAGGUGGCAGCGUAGCUGCAGCUGUUGCCACGGGCAACGGCGGCACACCAAUCGGAAUGCCCCCUCCGAAACCUACAUCGUGGGCUGCUAUUGCAAGUAAACCUGCCAAGCUGCAGCAACAAAAGACCAAGAACAAGCCUGGCACACCCAUAGCUGGAGGAGCUCUGCCUCCACCCCCCAUUAAACACAACAUGGACAUUGAUACAUGGGAUAAUAAAGGGACUGCUACCAAGAUGGCCCCUCCCUUGCCUCCCCACCACCACCAUCACCAUCACCAACAGCACCAGCCACAGCUUCACUCCCAUGCUCCCAGUCUCCUACCUCCCCUGCAACAGUCCCUACAGUCUGCCCAGUCCCUUGUGCAGCAGAUGACCAUGCAGGGGCCUCCACCUCCUCCGCAAUCUUACCAGAACCACAACUCUGCUCCAACACCUCAGACCCGCUGGGUAGCCCCACGCAACCGCAACUUGUGCUACGGUGGCGGAAGCCUGGACAGCAGCGGCUCCUCUAAUGGUGGCGGUGUUGGUAACGGAGGUGGAGGGGGUGGGGGUUUGCCUCCAGAGCCAGGAUCAGAGUCCCACCCUGUGCUGGAGAAGCUGCGAGCGGCCCACAGCUACAACCCCAAGGAGUUUGACUGGAACCUGAAGAACGGCCGUGUGUUCAUCAUCAAGAGCUACUCUGAGGAUGACAUCCACCGCUCCAUCAAGUACUCCAUCUGGUGCAGCACGGAGCACGGCAACAAGCGUUUGGACUCAGCCUACAGAGCGAUGAACUCUAAAGGUCCCGUCUACUUGUUGUUCAGUGUCAACGGCAGCGGCCAUUUCUGCGGUGUGGCAGAGAUGCGCUCACCCGUGGACUAUGGCACCAGUGCUGGUGUUUGGGCGCAGGACAAGUGGAAGGGAAAGUUUGAUGUGAACUGGUUGUUUGUUAAGGACGUGCCUAAUAGCCAGCUGCGCCACAUCCGCCUGGAAAAUAAUGACAACAAGCCAGUCACCAACUCACGUGACACUCAAGAGGUUCCUCUAGAGAAGGCGAAGCAGGUGCUCAAGAUUAUCGCCCAGUACAAACACACAACCUCUAUCUUUGAUGACUUUUCCCACUAUGAGAAGAAGCAGGAGGAGGAGGAGGUGGUGAAAAAGGGCUAUGAGCCUGUGUCAAUACAGAGCCGAUCCAGAAUCGAUCAGGAUCGUCAGAAGUGAACAGAAGAUGAUGAGCCUCUGACAGGUCGAUCAACGGUCGUGCUCGGACGGACAUGCUGAAAUCUAGAUUUAAGAAAACACACACGGACACAAAGAAAUUGAAAACUAAUAUUUUUUUCUAUUUAAUUUUGUUAACUUUGGCCCAUGUCAAACUUUUGAGCCACAUUGCUCCUGGUUCCCAGUCUUUAAGAUGAGUGCAGGGAUGAAGCUAGUUCCACCAGUUGAAUCGCUUCAAUAAUCUAUAUUUUUCUUGUUUUUUCUGUAUUUUUUAGCCUUAUAAAUCUCUAUCGCUACCCUGGAACUUGCAUUCUUAACUAAAUAUAAAUAUCUGCACGUCUGUUUUGAAAAUCUCUCUUGACAACAUGCUGCUGAUAUUCAGUGACUGUUCACUUUGUGGUUUGUGUGUUGGAGAAAUGUUAAGUGCUUGUAUCGGUUAAUCUUAACGAGUGAACAACACUUUAUUGACAAAUGUCUGCUAUCUGUGUGUGGCCAGUUGUAUUUUAUAUUAUCAGAAGAAAAAACUUCUAUAAUGCCCCUUUUUUCAUGUAAGGGGUGUUUUACUUUGGUGGAGGAAUGUGUAUACUGAAAGUUUCUGUAUGCAUAGACAUAAUCGUGCAAGGUUGUGACAUUAGAAAGCAUAAAUGUUAGAAAAAUAUUUUGAAUAAUGUAUCACCUGGCUUACGACUGAUAUAAAUUUAACAUUAAGGAGAAUUUUUUUUCUCUCUCCAGAGUGGAGCCUUAACAUUUCUGUUCAGCAGUAGUGUAAAUGUUUUUUUUUUUGUUUGUUUUUUGUUUUUUUGGGUCCCAGUACUGUACCUCAAAAAUUUCAGCUAGAGAUUCAGGGAAAAGAUGUCUAGAGAACAAAUGCUCAUAAAGGUGGUCCCUCUCUUUCUUAUUUAGAGCAACACAGUGUAACUUUGCUGAGCAACAGCGCCCUCUGCAGCCUCGAGUGGCAAUUAAUUCUGUUGAGCUCUGAGUCUGAACGGGAAAGUGAUAUUCAUGUACAGAAAACAAAGCUUAUUGUUGGCUUGAACGGAGCUCUGACUGCAUAGCUCCUCUCACUGAACUGAAACGUGGCUAAAUGGUGUAUAUUACCCAUGAUCCCCAGCCCCAGAGCUGGAAGUACUGUCACUGUAUGUCCAAUUAGAAAAUCUUGAUAUUUUCAAAGUUUCCUCACCAGAUAUCAGAGAUAAAUGGUUAUUUUUUAAUGAUUUCAGAGUCUUUUAACUGAUCUACAGUUUGGCAUUACUCUUCUAUUCUCACUAUUAUAAGUCAGUGUACUGUCAAAAUGAUUUUGAAGCUGUUGUUUUAAGGCAAAAUAGUUGCAUUAUGUUGCUUUACGUGAUGGGAAUACAAAUAUGCUGUUUGAGUUCAGGUUUCUAUCAAGACAAAAUUUGCUUUCUGUCUAUUUCCCUGCUACAGUGACUUUUUAUUUCCCUCUCUUCCCUGGUACUCGUUUAUGAGAUUCCGAAGGAAAUGUAGCAUGUACUGCUUUUAAAACUCAAAGCCAGGCCUGCCACUUUGAUUUUUUUGUUUCUUGUUCUUUCUUAACAUCAUUAUAAUCUCUGCAUUUUCAUCAUUUUCAUUGCUAUAACCUAUCUACGUCAUCCUCAGAAAAUGUAAGCUUUAAUGUACCGGCAUUUCUAACUGAGAUCGCCUCAAAAUGUUUAAUUGUAGCAUUAUACUUAACUGAUUUAUUGUCAAGUGUAUGAACACCCAGAGACUAGCCUAUAUGGUAUAUGUUUGUGACUUUUUUUAAAUUGCUUGCUGUAUUUGUGUGUAUGUGUGUGUAUGCUGGAGUGAAAGAAAAGAGAGGGAGUAUGACUGUGGAGCAACCAGAGUUAUAUAACGGUAUUGGAAUAUAGAUAAAAUUUAUGCAAAAGAAAAAAAAAAGUUUUAAGUCACCCCUGAAUUAAAUAUCCAUUGUAUCAGAGGUCACUAUCACACUCUUAGAUUUGAUCAUGUUCAUUAUUAAAGAUAUACUUAUCUGUU